CUGCAUUGUCGCACGACACACUGGGACGGCUCCCGAGAUGUCGUCAUGCGCGGCUGGGGCUUUAACUCCCCUGGAAGAGGAACACCAGGAGCCCCUGGGGCCCCUCGCCCAAAGACUCGAGCCAAAGCCCUCGAAGCGAGCCUAGCACCGCUUUCUGAGAAGGAACCAGAUGCGGAGCUAGAGGAGCCAAAAGCGAGGCGAAGGAGGCGCAGGAAGUCCAAGAAAACCAAAGUGGAGGCUGCCUCCAAGUCGGCAUCUGAGGAGCAAAACCAGGAGCCGAAAGACGCCGAGAAGCCGAACGACGGCGCAAGGCCCGCCGAGUCCGGUGACGGUUCGGCCACCGAGAUCGCCCCCGAGAGCGACGAGGGCGACGCGGUCGCGGAGGUCGCGGAGGUCGCGGAGGUCGCGGAGGUCGCGGCAGCGGACGCGGUGGUCGAAGCGGCCGAAGGUGGCGAGGCGGUGAACGGGGAGACCCAGGAGGAGCCGAAGGCAAAGAAAAGAAAGGGCGAGAAGAAGGAGAGGAAAUCCAAAAAGAGACGGAAGCUGCCGCUGGAGGAGGAAGGUGAAGAUGCGAAGGUGGAGACGAAGGAAAGUGAAGAGAGGGAAGCUGAGAAGCCGAAGGAGAAGAAAAAAAGGAAGAAGAAGAAGGAGCGCAAAGAAGGGAAGGUCAAAGCUGUGGCGGAGGAGGUGGACGAGCCGAUGCAGGGGGCCCCGCGACCCAAAGCUGCGGCUCGACGCCGCACUGGGGAUGAUCGGAUGGAGGCCAAAGGGACAGCAGAUGACAAGACCUCGCCGGGGUCAGCUGCUGAGGAAGCCGCAGAGGCCAAAGGGACAGCAGAUGACAAGACCUCGCCGGGGUCAGCUGCUGAGGAAGCCGCAGAGGCCAAAGGGACAGCAGAUGACAAGACCUCGCCGGGGACAGCUGACACUGGUCAAUUGAUCAAAGAGCUUGCCAUCCAGUUUGAGUACUAUGCUACUGCAACACCUUUGGCGCAUCGAGCGAUUGGAGGUGGGCCAGCGUUUUGUCAUCCAAAUGAUGUAGAGCGCAGGGCUGCAAAAGCUGCUCCUCAACCUUGCACAAUGGCUGGAGCUGGUGGGCCGAAUGGCAAUGGGCCUUUACAGGUACUGACACCUGAUGAAAGAGUGCAACGAACAAGGUUGUACGUCAGUCAGAAUCCUGAAGUGAUGGAUAUGAGUGUGACACCGUAUGGAUGUGAAGUGCAUCGACAGCUCAUGAUGCGAUCUGGUGUGGAGUUAGGGCCAGUGCUCCUUGCAACCUUGAAGAUGAAUGCUGAUGGUGCAAGCGGCUUUGGAUUGAAUGCUUCGCCGUAUGAGUUGUUGUUGCAUGAUGAUGUCUUUGUGAGUGGAUUGGCUGGAAGUUCUUGCGUGCAAGCAUUUCCGAGCGCUGCUGUUGGUACUUUUGGUCCAGGCGCUGACAGAAUUGAUCGAAGCACAGACUUAUUGUUUGGUGGCGAGCUCGGAUCUGCGAUUGUGUACUGCAGAGAGCAUGUUGAUGCUGGGGAACUGCCGUUGCCUGCAAAAGACGUGCUUGAAAAUCAAGGGAUGGUGGAACCAUAUGUUGGAGUUGAUGGACAAGCUUCAGUGCUGGGAAGUGGCAUUCUUGGUUCUGUGGAGCCGCAGCUUGACAUUUUGGUGAGGAAAGAUGCUACACGUAUCGGAAUCCCUGAUUUUCGAAGGCAAAUACAAGCUUACUAUAGCAGUUGCUUGUUUGCGCACCAUUUGGUGCCAUUGUUGUUCCCAGCAGUGGAUCACAAUUUGCAGCGUGGAACAAUCCCAUACCUUGACAAAGUGACCAUUGAACAAUUCAACGCACUCAACAAUUCGAGGAAGAUCUAUGGUCACUUCAUUCGCAAUCCUCAAGAAGCCACUGCUACUCGCCUUUUGCAAGAGAGGCAGAACAGUCGUGUGCAGGUGUACUUUGUGCCUGGGUCAGCGAAGACUGGCAUCAAGCGCAAGAAGUGCUCUAUUGAUGACAUGGUCUUGGGCAUCGAAGAUGGAUCGGAAGGAUCUGGAGUUGGUGCUUCCAAGGUUGUUGGAGCGAAAAGCGAGGUGAAUGGCCGUAUGCAAAUCAUGGUUGGGAAGCAAAUGAUGAGAUUGAAGGAUGCUCCGAGUUGGUAUCUGUUUGAACAAGUUUGUGUUGCGCCUGAUGAUUAUUCGUUGGCUGCAGUGCAAAGGUACUUGUUUGGAGCGUAUUGCAAGUACGAAUUCAUUGAUGAGCAGCUGUUCAACUACAUGGCUGGAACUGCUCUACAACAAGUUGCACAGAAGGUUGAGCUGUUUGUGCGUGCUAGUCGUGAGGAUGGCAUGCACGAUCAUCUCGACAUGACCUUUACAGAUUUUCAGGCAUGUGUGGCAGGCAAGAGUGAGCAGAAUGUGAGAAAGGUGCUACCGAGUGAUUCAGAGCUUGGACAGUAUGAAUUCUUUCCAAUCGAAGUGGUGGAUAGCGCUUUGAUGAGUUUGCAUGAAGAUGACGACAGGUAUCAGUGCUGGUGGCAAGUGAAGCUGCGGGCUUGGCAAUUUCCAAAGUGUUGGCCUGUAGCUCGGUUAACAUGUGCUGGCUUGCGAGUGUUGUUGAAUCCUGUGGCUGUGGAUGACUUCAAUUGGGAAGUUUCUUUGAAGCUACAACAAGUGGAUUUGCAAACAGCAGGCAAGUGUCAUGAUAUCAUUCAAGGUGUUGAGCGGGUGUUGAGGCGGCCUCUAAGGCUUGGACCUGAGCAACCUUUGGAUUUAGAAUUGCUCGCUCAUCACCUGUAUCGACGAACUGGCAUGGGCAGAGAGGAUUGGGGCUUUGACAUUGUUGAUGAGAUCGUGACACGCUGGAAGCCUAUAGCAAAGAGGCGGACAGUCGAUGAUGAUCUGGAAAUCACUGAAGAAGCCUACACUGUGAUGGAAGCUGAAACGAUUCGUGAGUGUUGGGAACAUGCUUUCGUUGGUUGCAAUCCAGAUGCUUUCGUGGAUUAUGAUGGAAUGCGUCCUUUUUUGCAGCAGACAGAGAGUGGAGAAUGGGAAGAGUUCGCACAUCCAAAUCGGCGUGCUCGAUUAGAAUAUGCUGAUUAUCAUGAGGAGAGACGUGCUGCACAGAAGGAAAGCUCACGCAUUGGCAAACUGUUCAAGAAACUACUCAGAGGAGUGGGUGCCAUGGUUGUCAUCUUGGUAUCUUAUUUCUUGAAGAGAGAAAGCGGCAAGGACAGGCCGUUGUUCCAAGUGGGACCUGAGUAUGAUAGCCCCGCGACUGUGGCUUUCUUGCCGUACAUGGUGUCGAUGUACAAUCAUCCAAACAUUUGUGUCGGUGCUUCUGGUGAGAAAGUUUUCGGUGACAUUGCUGUGAGAAUGCGGAAUUUCAAACGCUACAAAGGCAAUGUUUGUCAGGAUCAUGCUGCAUACAAUGAGAAUAAGGACCCCCUGCUCCUUCGACGCAUCAGUGUCGCGAUGUCGGGCCGAAAUCCAGACAAUGCUGGGUGGAUGUGUGGCAACUGCAAGAAACUCAGGGCCAAGAACGCCUGGUUUUGCGAUCUCUGUGGCUCGGCUUGGGAGGACUGUAUCAUCUACCCGAAGUCGAAAGCGCCGCAGUCAAGAUCGUCCUCAAGGAGGUCAUAUUGGACCGCACCAGAUCUUCAACCCUGGGGAGGCCAACAUGGAGAAGAAAGCCCGAGGCAGCAGCCCAAGAAAAACAGAAGCAGAGGCAAAGGCAAGGGCAAGGGACGCAGCGCUCCCCAGCAGACACCACUUGCACCCCCUCCUCCACCGCCGCUUUCUGGCCCGGAAGGGCAACAGCAGCCGCCAUGGAUGAGCAUGCCUCUACCUCCUGGAGCAUCGACAUCUUCAACGACAACAUUGUCGCCAGCCGAGCAGAAAUUGAGGGAGGUUUCCAACCUACUCAAAAAGGCGAAUCAAGAAACGCUCACACCGGAGCUACAGCAGUUUGUGGUAGAGGAAACCAAAGCUGCCAGCAAGAAGGAUGCCAAGACCCUCUUCUCAGCUGUGGGAGCCUUGACAAAGGCAAGAGAGGAGCUCGACACGGCGAUCCUGGCCAAGAGCAACCUGAUGGCGCAAUGGAGAGCUUUCCUCACCAUGUCCCUGGAGCGGUUUCGUCAAUAUACAGACCACUUCCAAAACCAAGAACAGGCGCAUCAGGAAAACAUCAAGCUGGCAAAGGAAAGACUGCACAAGGCCAAGGAGGAUUUCAGCUCCAAAGAGGAAGCAGCAACUGUGAUCUCCGACGACGAGGUGGAGUCCAAAGCCACAACCACCAAAGAAUCAGCUGCCCAGAUUUUGAAAGGGCUGAGCCAUAUGACAGAGAGCCUCCAAAAGCUGUCAGACCAAGCAGCAGAAGAGCAAGCAGAGGAAGAACGCAAAGCGAAACGCCCUCGGCAGAAGGAAGGCGACCCACCAGAUGCCGCCAUGCCUGCAGAAAGCUUGCCAUCUAUGCAGCCUUUUGGUGUGCCCGGUCACUGA